UUUGUUGGAAAGUAUCUUCUCCUCUUAUAGCAUAACACAUAAAUCUCUCUUUUUUGGUCUAUUUUUUGUUGGAAAGUAUAUCGUUGUGGCCCUAUAUUUUGGAAAUUGUGUUUGCUUAGGAGUGAUGUUUCUUAAUGUUAUAGUGUGAAUAUUAGCUGUGUAAUAGUGUGCAUAUUAGCUGUUUAUUAGUUGACAAUUAGGAUUAAUUAGUUGAUUUAGUUUCCUAGAAUAACUUCUCUAGUUGUGUAUAAAUAGAUAUAUUUUCAAACAAUAGACAAUUCUCUUCACAUAUCAUUACAUGGUAUCAGAGCAGAGCCAGGUUCUGGGUUUGAGAUUCGAAAUUCGAAAUUCGAAAUUAGAGUUCAUCACAAAUUGGGGUUUGCAAUUAGGGUUUAAUUUUAUUUCAUUUUUAGGGUUCCUAUUUUGGAAACCCUAUUUAGAGUGUUCUUUUGUUCUCACCACCGGCACCGAAGGACUGCCCAGCCGCCGACCAACCAGACCCCGCCGUCCAAGGUCCAGAAACGCCGCGAGUGGAGCCCAUGCGUCGCCGUAGCCCGCUGCCUAGUCCCCCACGCCCCGGUGCGUGCACGCGCGUGCGCCGUUCAGCCGUCGUGCUUUCGACUCCGACCAUAAAUUGAAUGGUUCGAAUUAUUGGGACUGGAGUAAGACUAUUCGGCUUUAUUUACGAAGUAUCAACAAAGAUGACCAUUAGACUGAUGAUCCUCCUAAAGACAAAGGUGAUUCGAGACAGGCAUGGCUCAGGGAGGAUGCUCGCUUAUUCCUUCAGAUUCGAAAUUCCAUUAAUAGUGAGGUAAUUGGCUUGAUCAAUCAUUGUGAGUUUGUUAAAGAACUAAUGGAUUAUUUGGAAUUUUUGUAUUUGGGAAAAGGGAAUUCUCUCUCGUAUGUAUGAGGUUUGCAAAGCAUUUUACCGUGUGGAAAAACAAGAUCAGUCACUAUUAAACUACUUUAUGGCAUUUAAAAAGACGUAUGAGGAGCUUAAUGCGUUGCUGCCAUUUAGUACCGAUGUGAAGGUUCAACAAAAACAACGAGAGCAAAUGGCUAUUAUGAGCUUUCUAGCUGGGCUCUCCUCUGAGUUUGAUUAUGCUAAGGCACAAGUUCUUUCUGGGACUGAUAUAUCCUCUUUACAAGAUGUCUUUAGUUGUGUCCUCCACACGGAAAUAACACCACCUGUUUCGCUUAAUGGUACCUUGGUAAGUUGCAAUAAUAAUUAUGUGCUUGGGAGAUCCUCUAAUCCAAGUGGAAACAAAGGAGGUAGUUCACAAGGAUUUGACACUCAAACGUUGGAUUCUGGAGGCAUUAUUUGCUACUGUUGUAAAAAAUCGGGCCACACCAAGUUUGAGUGUAGAAAGUUACAGUUUAAAAACCAGCAUAAACACUCAGCUAAUGUUGCAUCUAAUAGUGAUACCUCUACAAAUCAAUCCUCAUCUCUACUGAUGAGUUUGCCAAGUUCUCCAAGUAUCAGGAAUCACUCAAGUCUUCAUCUACUUCUAUCACUGCUAUUGCUGAUUCAGGUAAAACUAAUGCGUGUCUUUUUUCCUCAUCCUCAAAAUGAGUCAUUGAUUCUGGUGUCACAGAUCAUAUGACAGGUAAUUCUAGUCUCUUUACUUCAUUUCAGUCUUCUGCUUCUACUUCUACAGUUACUUUAGCCGAUGGGUCACCAUCGUGUGUUCGUGGGUCUGGCAGCAUCACUCCUACCCCUUUGCUGUCUUUGUCUUCUGUCUUACAUUUACCUAAUUUAUCCUUUAAUUUACUCUCUGUCAGUCAACUCACUCGUAAUCUCAAUUGUUGUCUCAUUUUUUCCUGAUCAUUGCUUAUUUCAGGAUCUUAUGAUGAAGAAGAUUAUUGGUAAAUGAUAUGAACCUGGAGGCCUCUACACUCUUGAUACAUCGCCACCCAGCUCUAUUGCUUGCUCGAGUGUUCCUUCUCCCUUCGAGGCUCAUUGUCGAUUGGGUCAUCCAUCUCUCCCUUUACUAAAGAAGCUUUGUCCUCAAUAUAGUACGGUGUCUUCCUUAAAUUGUGAGUCGUGUCAGUUUGCAAAACAUUAUCGUCUUAGUUCGAGUCCUAGAGUCAAUAAACGUGCUAGUGUUCUUUUUGAAUUAGUUUAUUCUGAUGUUUGGGGUUCUCCCAUUUUGUCUAAACGUGGAUUUAGGUAUUUCGUUACAUUUGUAGAUGAUUAUUCUCGUGUAACUUGGUUAUUUUUAAUGAAAAGUCGUUCAGAGCUAUUUUCCCUGUUUAGAUACCAUUGCUAUUGAAUUACAAUUAUAAAGGGUCUCUGAUGUCUAGGUCUAGAGGGCACCAUAACCCUUCUGGUUAUGGGAAGAAAUCUGUCCAUUUCCCCACUGGAUUUGGUAAAAAAAUUCAUUCGGUGUUCCCCAAUUUGUUUUCUGGUCAAAGGUAUUGGAGCUUUAGAACGGUUCACAAGGUUUUUAUGUUGACCCUCUCUAGGGAUGGUGGCUCAAUUCGAAUUUGUGAAAGGACAAGGGUUUCAAGCUUGGAGAUAUCGCUGUCUUUAGACGCCUCUUUGUGGCUGUUAGAAGAGGUGGAAGGGAUGGUGGGUGCUAGAGGUAAUCUUUAUGUAUUUCGGAGAAGAACUUUCAGGAAUAAUUCCUUGAGGGUUCUGAUGGAUUGUGUCCAGAAUGUGAGAGGAGUUUUCUUGAAGAUUUCAGUCCUAAAAGACAACGCUUUUAAUUCGAUCAUCAUUCCUAAGGAGAAGUUCAGCAAGGGAUGGAGAGGUUUAGUGGACUGUUUGAGUCAAUUGGUUAGGAAGAGAAAAGUUGAAUCUCAAGGGACUCUAGGAGGGAGGGUGGACAAGUCGGCUUCUUGGGCUUCAAUUGUUAAGAGGAAUUCAAACUCGUCAUCCAUGGCAGUGAAGGAGGGGCGGGUGACAUUAAUGAAAAGAGGAUAUUGGGGGAGUGCCGUUCAGAUGCAUCAGGGGAAGAAGAAAAUUUCGACUGGCGUUUGGCUGUUUUAUGUUUAGAUUGGAUAGUCGGUCUUCCUGGUUGUUUAUUCAGGAUGGAGUGCAGCGAUGGGUGGGUCAAAAAGUAAGGGUCUCUUCAUUCUCAGAUGACAGAGUCAUAAUUUGGUGUGCAAACGAGAGAGCAGGAGAAGUUGGUCUCCAAUGGAUCGGUCACCAUUCUUGGACUCACUUCAAUUUCAUUUGUCAAAUGGAGUUGGGCGAGUCAAUUGGUGGAAAGGAGAAUAUCAUGUAAAUAUGAGUGGAUCGAUGUUGAAGGGAUUCCUUUGAAUUUUUGGAACGAUCAGGUUUUUGAGAUGAUUGGUACAAUUUGUGGAGGGUUGUUAGAAAUUGAUGGAGAUACUUUAAAAGGGAAGAAUCACUGCUGUGCUCGCCUCAAAGUGGUGGGGGAUGACUUUGGCUUCAUCCCCAGCUGCAUUACAAUUCCGUUCGAAGGGGAAACUCUUUCCCUGUGUCUGUUUAGAUGCCAUCAUGAUGGAGGGAAGCGGUCCCAGCGUUCCAAACAAGUUUGGACGAGGAAAGUGCCUGCGAAGUCAUCGAGUGGUCAGGAAAAUCCAGUGGAGUUCAUCGUGAAGGAGUCAAGGGGUUUCAGUCGUGAAAGAAUGGAGGCUAGGGAGGAAGUCGAUGAUGUUAGGAUAGGAGUUACGGUGGUCAACGGCGAUCCGGGAGCAAUUAAUUCAAAGCAGUUAGAUGCGACUUUUUCAGCAGAUUCCCAGGGGUACUCAAUCUUUCACGUAACGGGUGCAUGCCAUUAAAGGAGAUUUUUAAAAGAUUAAAGUCAGACUUAUCUUUUAAAAAUACAGAGAGGAAAGAUACGUAUUCAGAUUUUAAAAAAGAAGAGUACUCCUUAAGCACGUGGCAGCUGGAUGGAUUAAAAAUUUCUUUUUUUGCAAAGGCGUUGGGCUGGAUCUCAGUUUUUAUGACUGAUGGGCCUUGUUUUUUCAAAGUGGAUUUAAGGCUAAGGGCUCUCUUCAAUCCAAGGUUUGGUUUUAAAAAUCUGGGCCAAGGAAGUUUUGCAUGGCCUCUUUCUUCUGACUCUAUUCGACUCCAUGGGGGAAUUAAACCAAAGGGACGGGAUAGGUUCUCUCAUGGAAAAAUUAAUUUCUAGAAUGAUUUGGUGAGGAAGAUCCACUCUAGUAAACAUAGUGUCUUGUUGAAAAGCACAAAGGACAAUGAGUCACAAUUUGAAGCAGAGUUGAAUGGCUGGAAGGUGUACUCACGUAAGACUUCUCAAUGGAGCACAACAAGACCUUCUGUCUCAGAAGAAGAGGGAGGGGGCACGCCUUUGAUUGACCCUGUUUUGGAAGAGGAUAAUUUUAUUUAUCCAGUGGUUGAAGAACUUAAAUCUGGUAGCUCAGAAGAAUUUGUCGAUGAUGAUUCCGAUGAUGGAAAGGUGGACGGGGAUGAUAUAGGAUUACAAGUGAGUAGUUUGUGGGAUGGAAUUAUUAUUCAAAGGAGAAUCCUCGCUUGGGGUUGAGGUCAAGGGUGAGGACAAGAAUGAGGUACUGGAGGAAGGUUCUACACAGGAAAAUUCAGUAGUUUUGGGCAAUUAUGCGGGAAUGGAGGAUAAGAGUUUGUCUGAGUCUCUUCGACUUAUUAAUUCCAUGCAAUCUCUAGGUGUCUCGGUGAUACCUUGUGUCAUGGGAGAGGUAGAUAAAGGUGGUUCUGUAAGUCUUUCUCAGAAAAGUCGCCGCGAAUUAUGAAAGCUGAGUUUCAAUGUCAACUAUGAUAAAAGGAAGAGGAAUGUUGAGAGGUAUAAUUAUGACUUAUGAAGAUUCUUUCUUGGAAUGUGAGGGGAUGUGGUACCAAAGGAAAACGUAGAGCGAUUAAGGAAUUAAUCUGCAAAGUUAAUCCAGAUGUUAUUAUUCUUCAAGAGGUUAAAAAGGCGUCUGUAGAUCGGAGGUUCAUUGGAAGUACUUGGAGGUCUAGGUUUAAAGGAUGGAUUCUUCAGGAGGCGAUUGGUCGGUCGGGAGGUACCUUGGUAGUUUGGGAUACAAGGAGUGUUUCCGUUAUUGACUCUUUAGUUGGGGAUUUCUCUGUUUCUAUCUACUUGGUGGCUGAGGGGAAGGAACUGUGGUGGUUCUCAGGUGUUUAUGGACCUGUAGUGUAUGGUAAGAGAGAGAGCUUUUGGGACGAAUUAGCAGGUUUGAGUGCUAUUUGUGGUAAUAAUUGGUGCGUUGGGGGAGAUUUUAAUGUGGUUAGGAGGGUUGAUGAGAAACUGAAUAGCAAGUCAAAUACUAGGAGUAUGAAGAAGUUUGAUGCUUUGAUUAGAGAGGUAAAAUUGGUUGAUCCCAAACUUCAAAAUGGGCGGUUCACGUGGUCAAAUUAUAGACAUAAGCCUAUUUGCUGUAGGCUGGAUAGAUUCCUCCAUACACCCUCUUGGUCAAGACUAUACUCCUUCGUUCGACAGGAAGUUAUGGUUCGAUUAGUUUCUGAUCAUAGUCCGGUGGUGUUAGACAUGAGUCCUCCUUCGUGGGGGCCCUCUCCUUUCAGAUUUGAUAAUUCUUGGCUGGAGCAUAGGGAGUUCUCUAGCAAUUUCCAGCAGUGGUGGGAGUCGGCUAAAGUGCAUGGUUUGCCGGGUUUUCAAUUUAUGUCUAAGCUUGCAAUGGUUCGAGAUAAAAUUAAGAAGUGGAGUCGGCAGGUCUAUGGAACUAGGAAAGUGCAAAAACAUUUGCUCGAAAGAAGGUUGUUUGAGUUAGACAGAUUAGAGGAGGGGGGAUUGUGGAAUGACCAUUUUCGUUUGGAACGCUCUAAGGUGAAGGAAGAAUGGCAGCAGAUUGUCUUUGAGGAGGAAAGGAGUGUUUGGUUUAAAGUGAAGUGUUAAUGGGCCAAGGAAGGGAUGCUAACUCCAAACUUUUCCAUAGUAUCCUCAGUGCUCGGAAAGCGAGGAACUUUAUUUCUAGGAUUGAAGAAGAAGAUGGUACUGUUUGGGUUGAAGAUGCGGAUAUUGAAAAGGCUAUUG